CAGCUUCUUACCCAGAGUGGCAGUGGCCUUUCUUCGCGAUUGUGUCGUGCUAAACUGUACCUAUCUUUCAUAAUGGUGAAUCGCACGUGUUGAUUGAUCGGGAUUCGUUGAUAUUGCGACCGUUGGUGCGACGGUUCUUGGAUUUAUCGGAAUAGUCUUGCAUUUUGAGAAUGGAGUGGCUACGAUUUGCAACACUAGUUCUACUAGCUACGAUGGCAUGUGCACGCGAAACGUGGCAGAAACCAGGUUGCCACAAAGUAGGACACACGCGCAAAAUAAGCAUUCCGGACUGCGUCGAGUUUUCGAUAACGACCAAUGCCUGCCGUGGAUUUUGCGAAUCGUUUGCCGUUCCGUCGGAUCCGUUUGCCGUGGGGCAGCACAAACCGAGCCAACCGGUGACCUCGGUCGGGCAGUGCUGCAACAUCAUGGAAACGGAAGACGUUAAGGUGCGGGUGCUUUGCGUCAACGGCAUCCGCAAUUUGACUUUCAAAUCGGCAACCAACUGCUCGUGUUACCACUGUAAAAAGGACUGACGGUUAAUUGACGCGUAGGAUAGAGCAAACGGCGGAACGUGGGCAAAGUGAUGAUGACUGUUAUUCCGAUAGUGUUGUAAUUGAAAAAUUAUUUACCUCUGAGCCACCCUUAUGCAUUAAAGUGAUGACAAUGUGUAGAAAGUGAAGUUUUCCCGAAGGGAUACUUGAAAUAACUGUAUAUUCAUGUACAUUAACAGAUGAAAUAAAACUUUACAUAUAUUUUCACACACAA